AUGGUGCCGCUGACGCCGGAGCAGCUGGAGCAGCAGGCGGCAGCCAAGCUCUUAGAGGAGGAGGAGGAGCGGCGGAAGGCGCGCAAGCGGAAGAAGGGGCGGAUCAGGGAGCUGGAGGAGAUCCGCGCAGAGCUGGCAGAGAAGGAGCUGGUGCUGCUAGAGAAGGAGAAGGAGCUGCUUGAGAAAGACCAGACCGUGAUGGUGCUGCGGGAGGAGCUGGAGAUAGAGAAGAAGCUGCGGGUGCUGCUGACCAAGGAGAAGGAGAAGGCAGAGGAGGAGGCUUCGCUGGCCAUGGGCUUGUGCACAGGCGGCUCCAUGCUGCCCUGA